AUGCCAUUGCAAUCGAUCUGCUGCUGGCUGUACUUGGAAGGCUCCGCGGUGGACCUGCCCACCUCGAGCGCUUUGAAUGGAAUCCGGGAGCAGAUGCAGACAAUCAAGCGGGACACCGAGGCGGAGCACCAACUGGCUAUCCAUCAGCUGAACGAGCUCUACGGCGCCAUGACCGCCUGUGAUGCGCCCUCCACGCAAAAACCCCAAGGUGCCAAGGACAAGCUUAAGGCCGUGCACGACACCUGCAGAACUGAAGAGGCGGCAGCAAAGGGCUUUCUUCUUAAUGCGGAGAUUGAAUACGAGGAGCUUGCAAAACCUCCACAACCUUGUUAUGGACAAUUCAAUGAUGGCCUCCUGGGCAAGCUCGAGGAUCACGAGGUGGUGAUGCUGGCCUGUAUCGAGAAGCCCCUGGGCAACACACAGUCUACUUGGCAGAAGGCCAACUUCGACAAAGCGAAGGCAGACUUGUGCAAACUAACCCGGAGUUUUGAGGCCUGGGACAAGGCGAAGCCAGACUUCAAAACAUUGGAGGCCUCGCGGAAGGCCACGUACGUGGCUGCGGAGAAGGUCGUCUGUUUGGUGACGGCGAUGAUGAAGACGGUCGUGCAGGAUCAAGAUGUCGGUGAUUGUGACAAGCUAGUGGUGGAUACUGACGCGCUGACCCUCCCAGCUUUCCGGGAUGCUCCAGCCAUGCCCGUUUGUGACAAGUCAGCAAUUGCGACAGUCCCGUGUGAGCUAGGCUUCAUCAGUCAAUAUUACGACAACCAGCCUUGGUCUGACUACGCCCCAGCAGACCCUUGCACGCCUUGCACACUGCCAGAAGAAGAUGUGGAGGAAGAGACAACAACUCUUGGACCCUCCUGA